UUUGCAACCCCCAAAAUGUACAUCUAUCUGUGACGUCAUAAUUACUAAAACGCAACAAUAAGUGUGACGUCAUAAUUAUCACUACAACAACAAUUGGAAAGAGCGUGCAAAACACGGAGAAUGAAAACUAUGGACUACAACGAAGUUCUAGAUUUCGGGGAUGGCCCUGUCACAGACGUGGACACCAAACUUGAGAUAUUAAAAUUCAGCUACAACUGGUCAGACGCAGUUGAAGAGGAGGAAAGACGUAUGGAGGAAGAACAAAAGCAACAAAAAGAAAUGAAAAAGAAGAUGGAAAAAGAAAUUUCAGGGGAAGAGAAGAAAGAUUGCAACAAGAACCACAAAAGAAUGAAUACCAUGGACUACAAUGAAAUUCUAGAUUUCGGGGAGAACCCUGUCACAGAUGUGGACACCAAACUUGAAAUAUUAAAAUUCAGCUACAACUGGUCAGACGCAGUUGAAGAGGAGGAAAGACGUAUGGAGGAGGAACAAAAGGAGCAAAAAGAAACGGAGAAAAAGCUGGAAAAAGAAAUUGCAGGGGAGGAGAAGAAAGAUUGCAACACAAAUCACAAAAGAAUAAAUACCAUGGACUACAACGAAGUUCUAGAUUUUGGAGAGAACCCUGUCACAGAUGUGGAUACAAAACUUCAGAUAUUAAAGUUCAGUUACAACUGGUCAGAUGCGGUUGAAGAGGAGGAAAGACAUAUGGAGGAAGGACAAAACCAGCAGAAUGGGAUGAAGAAAGUAGAAAAAGAACUUGGAGGGGAGGAGAAGAGAGAUGGCUACAAAAAUCACAACAGAAAACAACCAGAGAAAAUGAACAGAAAACAACACAGAGCAAGGAAGCAUGCAAAGGUGCAUAUAAAACAACAGAAACAGAGACUGGAGACUGCUGAGUCUACCAAACAGAUGAUUAAAAGAGAUCAUACAAAGAAAGCAUCUGGAGACAAAUUAACCCCAAUUACAGAAACCUCCAAACAAGUAACAAUAUCAGGAGAGAAAACAGCACAACAUGAAGAGAUGUCAGGAGCGAAAACAGCACAACAUGUAGAAAUGUCAGGAGCAAAAACAGCACAACAUGAAGAGAUAUCAGGAGAGAAAACAGCACAACAUGAAGAGAUGUCAGGAGCGAAAACAGCACAACAUGUAGAGAUUGCAGGAGAGAAAGCAGCACAACAUGAAGAGAUGUCAGGAGCGAAAACAGCACAACAUGAAGAGAUGUCAGGAGCAAAAAAGGCACAACAUGAAGAGAUGUCAGGAGAGAAAACAGCACAACAUGAAGAGAUGUCAGGAGCGAAAACAGCACAACAUGUAGAGAUUGCAGGAGAGAAAACAGCACAACAUGAAGAGAUAUCAGGAGAGAAAACAGCACAACAUGAAGAGAUGUCAGGAGCGAAAACAGCACAACAUGUAGAGAUUGCAGGAGAGAAAACAGCACAACAUGAAGAGAUAUCAGGAGAGAAAACAGCACAACAUGAAGAGAUGUCAGGAGCGAAAACAGCACAACAUGUAGAGAUUGCAGGAGAGAAAACAGCACAACAUGAAGAGAUAUCAGGAGAGAAAACAGCACAACAUGAAGAGAUGUCAGGGGAGGCAACAGCACAACAUGAAGAGAUGUCAGGAGAAAAAACAGCACAUCAUGAAGAGAUGUCAGGAGAGAAAAGAGCACAACAUGAAGAAAUGUCAGGAGUGAAAACAGCACAACAUGAAGAAAUGUCAGGAGCGAAAAUAGCACAACAUGAAGAAAUGUCAGGAGAGAAAACAGCACAACAGGAAGAGAUGCCAGGAGUGAAAACAGCACAACAUGAAGAGAUUUUAAGAGAGAAAACAGCACAACAUGAAGAAAUGUCAGGAGAGAAAACAGCACAACAUAAAGAAAUGUCAGGAGAAAAAACAGCACAACAUGAAGAAAUGUCAGGAGCAAAAACAGCACAACAUGAAGAAAUGUCAGAAGAGGAAACAGCACAUGAAGAGACAUCAGGAGAGAAAGCAGCACAAAAUGAAGAGAUGUCAGGAGCAAAAACAGCACAACAUGAAGAGAUGUCAGGAGAGAAAACAGCACAACAUGAAGAGAUGUCAGGAGAGAAAACAGCACAACAUGAAGAAACAUCAGGAGCGAAAGCAGCACAACAUGAAGAGAUGUCAGGAGAGAAAACAGCACAACAUGAAGAGAUGUCAGGAGUGAAAACAGCACAACAUGAAGAAAUGUCAGGUGAGAAAGCAGCACAACAUGAAGAGAUGCAAAGAGAGAAAACAGCACAACAUGAAGAGAUGUCAGGAGCAAAAACAGCACAACAUGAAGAGAUGUCAGGAGAGAAAACAGCACAACAUGAAGAGAUAUCAGGAGAGAAAACAGCACAACAUGAAGAGAUGUCAGGGGAGGCAACAGCACAACAUGUAGAGAUUGCAGGAGAGAAAACAGCACAUCAUGAAGAGAUGUCAGGAGAGAAAAGAGCACAACAUGAAGAAAUGUCAGGAGCGAAAACAGCACAACAUGAAGAGAUAUCAGGAGCGAAAACAGCACAACAUGAAGAAAUGUCAGGAGAGAAAGCAGCACAACAUGAAGAGAUGUCAGGAGCGAAAACAGCACAACAUGAAGAGAUGUCAGGGGAGAAAACAGCACAACAUGAAGAAAUGUCAGGGGAGAAAACAGCACAACAUGAAGAAAUGUCAGGAGCAAAAACAGCACAACAUGAAGAGAUGUCAGGAGCAAAAACAGCACAACAUGAAGAAAUAUCUGGAGCGAAAACAGCACAACACAAAGAGAUGUCAGGAGAGAAAACAUCAGAACAUGAAGAGAUGUCAGGAGCAAAAACAGCACAACAUGAAGAGAUGUCAGGAGAGAAAACAGCACAACAUGAAGAGAUAUCAGGAGAGAAAACAGUACAACAUGAAGAAACAUCAGGAGCGAAAGCAGCACAACAUGAAGAGAUGUCAGGAGAGAAAACAGCACAACAUGAAGAGAUGUCAGGAGUGAAAACAGCAAAAAGAAAUGUCACAACAGCACAACAUGAAGAAAUGUCAGGAGAGAAAACAGCACAACAUGAAGAGAUGUCAGGAGUGAAAACAGCACAACAUGAAGAGAUGUCAGAAGAGAAAACAGCUCAUUAUGAAAAGAUGUCAGGAGUGAACACAGCACAACUUGAAGAGAUGUCAGGAGAGAAAACAGCACAACUUGAAGAAAUGUCAGGAGAGAAAACAGCACAAUAUGAAGAGAUGUCAAGAGCGAACACAGCACAACAUCAAGAAAUGUCAGGAGCAAAAACAGCACAACAUAAAGAAAUGUCAGGAGAGGAAACAGCACAACAUGAAGAGAUAUCAGGAGCGAAAACAGCACAUGAAGAAAUUUCAGGUGCAAAAACAGCACAACAUGAAGAAAUGUCAGGAGCGAAAACAGCACAACAUGAAGAAAUGUCAGGAGCGAAAACAGCACAACAUGAAGAAAUGUCAGGAGAGGAAACAGCACAACAGGAAGAGAUGCCACCAGUGUGUGUUAAUGAAUCAUUGGAAAAGACACCAGUAAGUGAUGAUUAUUUGUCCGAAUUCAACUCAACCGCACCUGAUAAACUGUGUUGA